AUGCCUCAAGAGUCUAUCGAAAUAUAAAUGGAUGAAUACAUUCUCUAAAUUAAGAAACCAUUACAUUUACAUCUCAACAACCUAUCAUAAAAUAUUAAUAACCCAUGUUUAGAUAAACCUUAUCUCAAGAUCAAAUCUAAUCUAAAUAUCUCUCGUAAGAUGCAACAUGUUAGACUGAAAAUGAACAAAUUAAAAUAAAUGUAUAAGACAUUAUCAAAUAAUGCAUCUCAUAAAUUAAAAUUGAAAAGAAAAUUCAAUAAGAUAGAGAUUUCUAAGAUAAUUUAAAUUAAAUUCAAUUAUACUUAGAAAAUAUUCGUAAUAUAAGUUAAACAAAACCUACUAAAAAAUUAGAUCAUCCAUAAAUUCAUCUCUUUUAAUACCAACUAGAUUAUUUAAAUUGCCAAUAAAAGAAAAUUAAAUCACAAAACCAAUUAUCAACUUAGAACAAGAAAUAAAAGUAUGAAUACAUAUUCCUAUUUAAGGAUAAUUAAAUUAAUGA